AUGUGUUUUUUGAACGUGCUUAGAUUACAUGUCUCCCAGAGCCAACGCCAGAAAAGAUUAUACAAACAGUAUAUGGAGCAAUUGGCCGGGGCGUAUGUGGAAAAAUGUACGGACCUGACGAUGCCCUGGGAUUACAACUGCAGGGUUGCGAGUCCAGAGUGUUGUCCGUGCGACGAAUGGUGUGGUAGUGAAUGCUCCAGAAGUUAUUCUGACUCGGAUAGCGGCAGAUAUUCCUCUCCGUGCUGUUCGGAAGUGAUCUUCAAUGGUGGACAGCAUUACAGUGGGAAGGGACAAGGUCAUGCAUGUAGGAAAUUAGCGAUUUGCUAUCCUGGUAAUUUUGGGUGA